CUUCGUCAGUACGGGAGCCCUGUAUUGCAGUAAACUAAUAUUUUUCCCGAUGUGAUGGAAUACUUAUCUGGAGUGAUGGCUUUGUUUUCAUUAGUUUUUGUAGAUGCAGAAUACUGCCUGUAUUACACGAAGUCCUUGGAUUGGACCAGCUUGUUAUCAGAUGAGAACAACACCUCCCUCUCUCCUCGAUACAAAUCUAAGUCGUUCACAGUCUACUGUAGCUAUGGCGAGUACUGCUGUGGAAAGGCCUGCUGUAGGAACAAAACUAACAACAAUUAUUAUAUCAGCACUGACUAUGACGAUACUCACUACACGAGAUCGCACGAGGACGGACUACAAUGGAACAGUGAUCGUACAACAAUCGCCAGUAAAUGAUGGAAACUGAAUCAGGUUAACGACUACCUCAGACAGAGGACCGGGGCAUUCCGCACCAUCCACGGGGCGAAUACUUAGUCAUACACAUCCCUCACCAUCCACGGGGCGACUGCUUAGUCAUACACAUUCUUCACAAGAAAUUCAAACUUCACGGUUUCCUAUAGAUUCAAAUAAAUAUAAACAAUGUUUAGAUCUUACAGCUCCCCCGCCAUCUUAUGAUGACGUCAUUUCACAAAAUUAUCCUAUAUUGAAUGAAAGUGAAACUUACACAUCAGUCAGCUGAUAUUACUUGCCACAUAUUAUGUUUAUAUAAUGCAAAAUAUCAGCAGUCUCGUUUAAAGUCAUUAUUUCGUAGGUUCUGUGGUUCUUCAGUGACCUUGUCAGCAAAUGCAAACGCAGUUUAUCAUUGAGUCAAAUGCUGACUGACGUUUUUCAUACUAAUUGUUAGUCCAUUAUUUAUAUACUGAAUUGACGACAGAUUUUCAGAUUUAACUUAUUUCCCCGAUCAUGACAAGGAGCACACGGCGGGUGUGACCGGUCGGUAAGGGAUGCUUACUCCUCCAUGGCACCUAAUCUCACCUCUGACGUUUUUGAGGUCCAUGUUUGCUCUGCUCCUGUUUUGUAUUGUUUUAUGGACUUUUGAUCUUGAAAACUGUUCGUUAUCUCCAUAUAUUUCAUCCAAUAAAUUCUUUUGUAAAACAAAAUGAUAACAAUAUUUGAAGUUUAAACUUUGAAGUAAAUAAUUAUGAAUAGAUAAUUUUAUCAAAUAAUUGGUUGGAUUGCAUAUACAUAUAUUUGUACAUGUAUACUCAGUAUGAUUUUAUUGAUAUCUUUUGACAGACGUCAAGCGGAGAUAUACAUUAUUUAAAAUUCUAUCAAUUAAUCAGUAAAUAAAAUUGUGAAGUCUACAACCUGUCUGUUUAAUGUUUUUAAAAGUAAAUUUAGCUGUUAGAUAGUUGACAGAUAAAUAAUCAUUUGAUAUGCUAAGUAUUA